AUGUACGCUCCGGCUAUCCUCAAGUCUCUCCUUGCCCUCGCGGUUCUCGCUGUUGCCCCCGCUGCCGCGGAGCUCUCGGUUACUUCUCCGAUUGCCACCACGACUUGCACGGGUGGUCAGACAUGCGAAGUUGCAUGGAGGGACAAUGGUGAGGGCGUAACCCUCGCCCAGCAGGGCUUGUGCACCGUUGCGCUCUACGUUGGAGGUCGUAUUUCGCAGACGUUCCUUCAGCCAAUCGCGUUCCCAACAGCUAUAAACGUUAGUACUACGGCGGCUAUACAAUUUGUAGUGGAUCCCUCGGUCGGCGAAGACUCGUCCGAGUACUUCAUCCGAUUUUCGAGUCAAACGCUCACACAGGCUAACUCGACUACGGGGCUCCUUACCUCUCUUUCUCCGCCAAUUCAAGCCCAGAUCAGCAGCAGCGCACUGCCUACACCAACUGGAAACACCGCGACGUCUGCAGGGACCACUUCAACCCGUUCUACAACACGUGCGUCUACCAGCACUCCUGGUGCAGCCAGCCGUAACUCAGCUGUCGGAGCUGCUGCGGGAGCCAUUGCCCUUGCCGGCCUCGCUGCCUUGCUCUAA